GCUGACAGAGGAGGAAGUAUAUGAAAAGCAGAAGGAGGGGGAGGGAGACGGAACUCUAUGAUCACAGCCUGGAUUAUAUUGGGAUGUCCGCCCCAGAUAAACCACUGAAGGAGGGACAGCUCCAUGUGAAGCAGAACAAGUUUGGGAAGAAGUGGAAGCGCUGCUACGUCCUCCUGUAUCCGGACUCCCCAUUUGGCGUGGCGCGGCUGGAGUUUUAUGACUGGAAGGACGGCACAUUGGCUGGAGAGAAAAUAUACACUCGCCGAGCUGCCGACCGCAAAGUUGUACGAUUGGCAGAAUGUAUCCACGUGGCACCUGCGCCAACAGAGAACGGGCACAAGGAAAACAUGGCGGCUUUCAUCAUUGGUACCAGUGACAAGACAAUGCUCCUAUCCGCAGAGCGCGCCUUGUGCGACGAAUGGGUACAGAGACUAAGCGAACUUGCUUUCCAGGGGAAAGUCAAUGAGUGCAAAUCUUCCCAGGAAAAGGCGGCAGACACCGGCGACAGCGCAUCCCUGGAGAUGGCCGUAAACAGCAUCUACUUCUCUCGGGAAGAAGUGUCAGAGUUCCUGGUCACCGUGCAGAGGACAGAAGCUGCAGAACGUUGCUCCCUGCGAGGUCCUUACAUAUUGAGAGCUGAAGCUGAUUGUCUUAUACUGAAAGAACCAAACACAAAGGAUCCUCUGUACUCCUGGCCAUAUAAACUUCUAAGAAGAUAUGGAAGAGACAAGGUUAUGUUUUCCUUUGAAGCUGGCAGAAGAUGUUCCUCAGGUCCUGGAAACUUUACAUUCGAGACAUCCCAAGGUCAUGAGAUUUUCCAGAAAGUGGAAUCUUCCAUUCGGGCUCAGCAAGGUCCAGAAAAACGUCUGAGUUUCCUCACACUGGACACAGAGUGUCCCACAGACAACACAUCAUUGGGGUCGGACCCUGGUGGAUCUGAAGUCCAGGCUAUAAGUGGUAUAAUCAGGAAGGAUGCAGAUGGUAAAGCACUUAAAAGUAGAGUUCUUCCCAACCUUCCACUGGUUAAACCUUCUCAGCCCCAGCACCUUCUGGACACACCUUCUCUUGCUUCAAUGCCUGGGAAAUCCAAUACACCACCUCGCUCUCCAGUUGGCCGUUCUUUAAGCCACCACUGUGUGGACAAUGAGCAGCUUGGUGUAUAUUCAGAGCCUAAGGAUUCUGUCAAGGGUGUGAAAUCCCAUUUUGAUCCACUGUACUCUGAUCCUGUGGACAGUGUGGCCAGAAAAGAGAUCAGGUCAAAUAAGGAUAUGAGUUUGGCUUCGCCCCUUUAUUCAGAUCUCUAUGAAAAGGUUGACUAUGAAGUAGUGGGAGGAAGUGUCUCUUCCAAAGCAUUGAGCCUUUCUGCAUCACCUCUAGGAUGUGAGGAACAUAUCUACGAUGAGCCAGAGGGGAUAGCACUGACUGAGACUUGUCCUCCACUAUACUCAGAGGUACACCUGAAAGCUGCAGCCUGGAAAAAAGAGGCCAGUGAUGAGAAGCUUGGCUAUGAGUACCCAUACAACCCCAAGACUGAUGAUUACUCUGUACCAAACUUCCAGGGUACACGCAGUCAGCCCCGUAGUAGAGCAGGUCCCAAACCUGUUCCAGCUCCAAAGCCUCAAGGAAAGCUUCUAUCCAAGCCUCCAGGCAAUGACGGAGACUCUGGAAAGAUACCAGUACACACUCACAUCACCCAGUCCAACAGCAAUAAUAACAACAAUGGUAACAUAGAAGCUGUGUAUAGUCAGGUGCAAAAACCAAAUAUCAAGGAAGCCAAACUAAAAUCCGCACCAGCCUUGCCACUGCCAGCUAAACCACAGUUUGUACCACCUCUGCCACUGACAGCUAGACCACCAUCUGAACCAACUCUGUGUCUACCGAUGUCCAUCACACCACAUCCAUCACUGCUACCGGCCAAACCUCAGACUGAGCAAGUCAGAUCUACACCUGAGACUCUUCCUUGUAUAGACAGAGAGACUGGUGUCCCAUCACGGUCAGGGAACAAGGCUGAGCAGUCUCUGCAGGGUUUGCUGGAUGACAACAAUCUGUCUUUGAUCUAUGAAGAUUUGGGUAUUUUGUGAAUGGUCCAUUGACAUGUCCACCGGUCCUUCCCGCUGACUGAGAUUAUAUUGGAGAAUAUUAGUGACAGGGAUACCAGUUCUCUGACUACUUUGUGUGUCUUGUCGUAGUGUAGGAAGACAAUCCAGUCCUGAUGUUCCAUUGAAUGUUGCUCUGCUCUUCGUGCCCACCCUACGUGUGAAACUUCUGCCUCUUCCCAGCAGCGAUCCAGUCUUCUGCUCUGAGGUCGGAUCCUCUAGGUCCCUUGGUGGGAUCUUGUCUCACUCUACAGCCAGCACCCCUGCCCACUGUUAUACACCAUUAUGGUUACACGCCAACGUGACACUCAUUGUCUAUUGAAUGACAUACGUUAAUGAUAAAGGGGCUCAUUAUAUGUAAUAAAGACACGCUGCAGUUCCCUGUGUAUAUACAGAUGAGCGCACUCUGGGGAAUCCAGCUUAGAUGGAGUGUAAAAGUACACAGCACAUAAUGCAAUCACACCCUACACUCCUCAUCAAACACAAGGGAACACAAUACAACACUCUCCAUGUGCAAUGUGACCAAUCCCAGCGCUCCAAUGAUCUGCUGACACUGCCAAUAAUUACCCGGCAUCAUCCUCUCUCCUAUGUUCAGGCAACUAAAUGCAACAAGACUUUCUACAGCACAACUGUGUGUAAUUUUAUACACAAAAUGACAAUGAGAAAUAUUGUGUACAAUUAUCAUUACAAAUAAAUGACAUACUGCCCUGCUUAUUAAA